AUGCAUAUCAUUAUUUCUUCAAGUGAUUCAUAUGUACAUGGGAAAUUGGGUGAUUCGGCAUGGAUUUCAGCUAGAGACCGGUGCCAACUUUGUGACGGAGCUAUCGAGGAACAGGGCUCAGAUGUAUCAUCCUGGGUUAGUGUUUCACGAGGUGAAAGUGAAUGGUCCGAUGGAUUUGUUGAUUUUGGUCCUGUCACUGAAAAUCUUCGUGAUUUUCUGAAUGGCACACUGGUAGAUCAACAAAAGAUUCUUAGAUAUCCAUUAUGUGUGGUCUAUAUAUGUGGACUAGAUCACUUUAACAAAUGUUCUUAUGUUGAAAGAAUGGCAAAACAAGAUAACAUGUCUUGUGCUAUUGUCUACCGAGUUGGGUGUGACGAACAGCUGAUUAGUCGUUCAGUUAAAACAGCAGACUGUAUUUAUAUUCCAUUAGCAAAGGAACGCAAGAAACUCACUGAUGUAAGUUCGACACUGAUUCGACAAUACUUUCAAAAACCAGCAACCAAUACGUCAAAUAUUGAACGAUUUAUUUAUCCCAAUGUUCGUCAAUACAUGAGCAAAAAAUAUGGAAAAAAAUAA